AUGUCAGCAGAAUAUCCAUACGACAAGAAGAAGUGCUCUUCUGAGCGUUUCCUCGAUGUAAAUAAUGAACCACAAGAAGCUCUAGGACCGUUGGAAAAUUAUGAAAAGAAGCCGUUGGUUUCAUUAGAAGAAGCCGUUAAACCUAUAGAACACUUGGUAUCCAAUAUAACAAGUUACAUCUGGACUGCAAAAGAAAAUUGCAAAAAGUUGGAUGACUCUUUAACUCUAGAUGAAGCAGCUGCAGUCCAUUUGUAUACUAUGCCAUGUCUAUACCAUCAAUUAAAUGCAGCAUUACGUUCAGAAAAGCGUGAGCAAGUAACACCAUACUACCUUUACUUGAAAUUGGUACUAACAGCACUUUGGAAACUACCUUCCGAGAAAUUUCUUGUAUAUCGUGGUGUUAAAAGUGAUAUAAGCGCCCAGUUCGAUAAAGGAAAGAAGUUCACAUGGUGGGGUUUCACAUCUUGUACAAGUGCCUUAGGUGUACUACAGUCAGAUUUGUUCCUAGGAAAAUCUGGCAAUAGAACGAUGUUUAUCAUUGAAUGUAUGAACGGAAAGAUAAUUCAAAAGUAUUCACAUUUUCCUGAUGAAAGUGAAGUCUUAUUAUUACCAUGCAGUUAUUUUGAAGUCUUGGAUAAAAUAGAUCAAGGAAAUGGAUUGUGCACGAUACAUGUUAAACAAAUACAACCACCCGUGCCUCUCAUUCAAUCACCUUUGUCCACCAGUGCAUUACCAGUGAAAGCUGCAAAUACGGGUAUACAUACUAUAAAUUUUAGUUGGAUGAAAGGCAAGCAUUGA